CCUCUUCUAAUCGCCUCCAGUCGGGUUAUUUUCUCAUCGCCUUCUUCCUCGCUACUCUUGUGGCCUUCGUUGGAUCUGUGCUUGUCCCGAUUCCCUUGCGGUUUGCGGAAUUAGUUUAGCUGCGAUCGCUUCACCUUCUUCCGUGUGAAUGGUGAGAAGGUGAUAACUGAAAGCUCUUCAGUAGAGUAUGGCUUUUUCUUGAUUCUUCCAGAUGCAAAUGUUAUUGAUGCUCUGGUUAACAAAGGAAUAAUUAUAGUCAGACUGUUCUAAUGAGAAGAAGAUGAAAGUGUCAUGGCAGCUAGGCAAUGGGAGGCAUCUUAUGCCAGUGACACGCACAAGACCCACUGCAAGGCUACCUAAAUGGAUAAUCAUCUUAUUAUGUUUGGUUUUUGUCUACUUGAUCAGUGCAUAUGUCCACCCUCCUAGGUGGUACGCAGAGGAUUGGAUGCCCCCUGUAGCACGGGAACUCUCUGACGAGGAGCUUGUCGCCCAUGUUGUCUUUAGGAAUAUACUCUCUAUGCCAUUACGUCAACCAAAGAAUCCCAAGAUUGCUUUCAUGUUCUUGACGCCUGGUCCAUUGCCCUUAGAAAGACUUUGGGAGAAAUUUUUUCAGGGCCACCAAGGGAGAUUUUCCAUAUAUGUUCAUUCAUCACAACAGAAAUUUGGACAUGCAAGCUCAUUCUUUUCUGGCAAAGAUAUUCAGAGUGCAAAGGUUUUAUGGGGUAAAAUAUCUAUGGUUGAGGCAGAAAAAAGGCUCCUGGCAUAUGCACUUCAAGACCCUGAUAAUCAACAUUUUGUUUUGCUUUCUGACAGUUGCAUUCCGUUACAUGACUUUGAUUAUGUGUACAAGUAUCUGAUGGGAACAAAUGUCAGCUUCAUUGACAACUUUUUUGAUCCUGGCCCACAUGGUAAUGGUAGAUAUAGUGAGCAUAUGAUGCCUGAGAUUGAGCACCGGGACUUCAAAAAGGGUUCACAAUGGUUCUCAAUGAAGCGUCAACACGCAUUAAUAAUGAUGGCAGACAACCUUUAUUUCACAAAGUUCAGAUUCUAUUGCAAGCCAGGUUUUGAAGGACACAAUUGCUACUCUUAUGAACACUACCUGCCAACUCUGUUCACGAUGUUUGAUCCCACUGGCAUUGCAAAUUGGUCACUGACACACGUGGAUUGGUCUGAAGGAAAGUGGCAUCCGAAAUCCUACCUAGCCAAGGAGGUGACAUAUGGGCUUCUUAAGAAGCUAAGAUCCAUUGAUGAAACUUUCCAUGUCACAAGUGAUGAGAAGAAAGUCGAGACGAGGAAACCUUGCUUAUGGAACGGAACGAGAAGACCUUGUCACUUGUUUGCUCGAAGAUUUUUGCCAGAAGCCUUGAACAAGUUGAUGCACUUAUUCCCCAAUUACACAGCCAUUUGAGUUCGCACAAUUAGCAGUCUUACAAUGUGAUGCCUAAAUGCUAAGGAUCCAUUAAGUAGGGUUUAGAAGUAAUUAUUCUAUGUUACACCUAUAGUGUGAUUUUUGGUUGGAAAAUAAUUUUUUUAAUGUAAUUCGUUGGGGUAAAUUAUAAAUACACUCCUUAUUUUUGUUUCUCAUAUAAAAUUAUACUUGAGCCCUUCGAAUGAUA